CAUCUGCGGGACACGUAGCAUCAAACGCAGAAAGCUGACCCGUGCAUGCGGCAGUCGUGAUUCACUUUCACACAGACGGACGCUUUGUCGCAGGAAUUAAGAAUCAGACCAUUUGCUUCAUGUGCAGAGAGUUUGUUCAUUAAACUAACUGGAUCAUCCUUUGAACAUCUCGUUCCUCAAAUGUUGCAAAUGUCUUCUUUACAUGAGCUCUUACAUCAACAGUGAAGUUCUGGUCUCUUGCCUUAUCUUGAUUGGCUGGGGAGGGCCAGAAGUGAAGCAGGACUGAGUGAAGCGGCGCAGACGCUCUCAUUUGGACAUUAGGCAACAGAAGGAACCGGAGUCUUUGAACUCUGAGGCUCCCGCUCUCAUCCAGCAUCGGAUGAUCGACAGGAUAUCCAGCAGGAGGACGGGAAAAGCCAUGGCGUGACGUGCCGGAGCUCUGUUCAUGGACAGGUGAAUACUGAGCCGCGUUCAUGCUGCUCGUCGGGAGAGUUCAGCUCUGGAUACUUCUUGUGCUUUUCGACAGCGGUCAGGUCAUGGGCUCCGUGCUGGAUGAUCUGAUCUAUAAACGUGGUGAAUAUCAAGAGAACUGCACACGGUUACUAAAAGCCACUUUCCCGACUGGAACUGGAAUUUUCUGCAAUGGAACGUUUGACGUUUUCGCCUGUUGGCCGCAUUCAUCUCCUGGGAUCGUAUCCGUACCCUGCCCUCCUUAUUUACCGUGGAUCAAAGAAGGUGCUACUGGAAACGUGUACAAGGAAUACGCCAACGGGACCUGGAAAACUGAGGAGAACUCGAGCACCGUAUGGAGAAAUCAGUCAGAGUGUGAAAAUCACAAUUUUUUCAAGCCUGAGGAGGAAGAAGUGUUUCGGCAGUCCGUGCUGAGGGUCUUGUCCAUCGUUGGAUACUCGCUGUCGUUUUCCUCUCUUUGCUUGGCUGUUCUGAUCAUGAUUCUCCUGAGGAAGCUCCACUGUACGAGGAAUUACAUCCACAUGAAUCUCUUUGUAUCAUUCAUAUUUAGAGCAAUAGCAGUAAUUGUCAAAGAGGUUAUAUUACAAGUCGCAUACACCAACAUGCCCAGAGAUGAGAUGGGUUGGAACAGCUACACAAAAUCCACGAUUUCUUUCAUCUGCAAGGCCUCAAAGGUGUCGCUGGAAUAUUUCGUUGGGUGUAAUUACUUCUGGCUCUUAGUGGAGGCCAUAUUCCUGCACACGCUGCUGUUCACUGCAGUUCUGACCAGGAAAAGACUUCUUAAGAAAUAUAUGAUUAUAGGAUGGGGAACUCCAUUACUGUUUGUGAUCCCCUGGACCGUUGCCAAAGCGUUGUAUGAAAAUAAAAGCUGUUGGUUUAAUAGCAUCAGCUGGAUCUGGUGGAUAAUCCGAGGCCCGAUAACGUUAUCAGUGAUUGUCAUUUUUUGCAUUUUUCUUAAAAUCAUCAGACUUUUGCUGUCCAAGUUAAAGGCUGAUCAGGUGAAGUUCACUGACUACAGAUACAGUCUGGCCAGAGCGACGCUCGUGUUGAUUCCUCUGCUCGGGGUCCAUGAGAUCGUCUUUACCUUAAUUAUAGACGAAUCAGUUGAGGGAAGCACCCGUUAUACUCGAAACUUCAUCAAUCUGACCCUGAGCUCUUUCCAGGGACUUUUAGUUGCAGUGCUGUACUGCUUUGCCAAUGGAGAGGUCCAGGCUGAGCUGAAGAAGAGGUGGCAGCUGUUAAUUUCCUCCAAUCACUUCGAGGGGCACAACUGCUUUGCGGACAUUCACCCCAAACACCUGUGGAAGUGCUCACAAAAGAGACCCGGACAAACCACAGAACAGAGCGAGUCCAAUGAGGAGGGAAGCCACGCCCCCACACAGGGACAUCCGCUGCAGGUGGCUGUCCAAUCGGCAGAGGACGUGCCAUGUGGGCGGGGCUCCGGCCUGGAGUUUUACAUGAGGAAGAGCCUCUCCAGCAGCGACGGGGAAAUGACUUUAGGAGAGACCAUGGAGGAGAUCUUAGAGGAGAGUGAGUUUUAACGUCUGCCACUGGCCCCCGUUUCAGAAAUAUUUUUUUAUUAAAAUGUAAUUAAGGAUGUAUAUAUAUAUACUGUACUUUAAUGACUGUAAAUGGCUUCCAUGAUGUUUUUGAUACCUGAGUUUAGUAUGUGUACGUAAUGUAAGGUGCUCGGAUGGAGCUCAGUCUAAGCUUUGAAAGUCUCAACAAAUUUCUCUUGUUGAUCAAAAUAUUUUAUUGAACAUUUCACUGAACAACAAAAGUAGUGAAAACAUGGAAGGACUGUGAAAUUGGAUUGAGGAGCAGCCCAUGGAUUAUGACGCUGUAAUACUAUAUUACCAGCUUUAUUAUCUAGAGAUCAAUGGUUUUCAGCUGGUUUUGAUUCACAACCAAGAUUUUUCAUUGGUUACCCAAUACACCACCAAAACUAAUGUAUGAAUGCCACAGAAAUGUCUUGAAAUGAGUGAUUAAUUGAAUCUAAAAUAAAUGUUUUUGUUAUAUAUAUAUAUA